UGCCGCGCUGCCCCCCCGCCCCGGGGCGCUAUGAGCCAUGAAGCCGCCCGGCAGCAACUCCCUGCGGCAGCCUGGCUGCGGCGGCCGCCGCCGCCCCACGCUCCUGCCGCUCCUCGGCCGCCUCGUCUCGCUGCUCCUGCUCCUCCAUGGCUCCUGUGUCCCCCGGGCCCGCGCGGCUGCAGCCGCCGGCCUGCACUGGAAUGAAACAGCAAGCGGUAUAGAGGAAGUACUGGCAGAUGAAGAGAGUACAUUUCAACAGAGUAACAGCAGUAACAGUAAAAAUAACAGCUACAGCAAUGCAAUCCAGAAGGAAAUCACACUGCCUUCAAGACUAGUCUAUUACAUCAACAGAGACUCUGAGACCCCUUACCAUAUCCUGGAUACCAGGGCAAGGCACCAGCAGAAACAUGACAAGGCUGUACAUCUGGCCCAGGCGAGUUUCCAGAUUGAGGCCUUUGGCUCUAAAUUCAUCCUUGACCUCACACUGAAUAAUGAUUUGUUAUCUUCCAACUAUGUGGAGAUCCACUAUGAAGAUGGAAAACCAAAAUUUUCAAAGGGGGGAGAGCAUUGUUACUACCAUGGAAAUAUCAGAGGUGUGAAGGAUUCCAAAGUUGCUCUUUCAACUUGUAAUGGACUUCAUGGCAUGUUUGAAGACAGUACUUAUUUAUACUUGAUAGAACCAAUGGAUCUGACCCACACUGCAGAAAGUAAAAGUAGGCCACAUAUCAUCCAAAGAACUUACGGAACACAAACCUCCAAGCAGUUGCGGGACCUUGAGACUGACUCUAGUUCUGAAUGGCCUUUUCUGUCUGAGCUGCAGUGGCUGAGGAGAAGGAGAAGAAAGAGAGCAUUGUCUCGUGGUGUCUUUGAAGAAAUGAAAUAUCUGGAACUCAUGAUAGUAAAUGACCAUAAAAUGUUCAAAAGGCACCGUUCUUCAACUGCAUACACAAACAAUUUUGCAAAGUCUGUGGUAAACCUUGUAGAUGCUAUAUACAAGGAGCAGCUGAACACCAGGGUGGUGCUGGUGGCUGUGGAGACGUGGACGGACAGGGACCGCAUUAACAUUCAGCCCGACCCCCUGCAGAUGCUGCACGACUUCUCCAAGUACCGGCAGCACUUCGUCAAGCAGCACGCCGAUGCUGUGCACCUGCUCUCGAAUGUGACAUUUCAUUACAAAAGGAGCAGCUUAAGUUACUUUGGAGGUGUUUGCUCUGUGGCCAGAGGAGUAGGAGUGAAUGAGUAUGGCCUCCCUUUGCCCAUGGCACAGGAACUAGCCCAGAGUCUUGCUCAGAAUCUUGGAAUACAAUGGGAGCCAGCUGCCAGGAAACCGAAGUGUGACUGCACUGAAUCCUGGGGUGGUUGCAUCAUGGAGGAAACAGGGGUAUACCAUUCCAGGAAAUUCUCCAAAUGCAGCAUUGCAGAAUACAAAGAAUUUUUACUUCGUGGGGGUGGUGCCUGUCUUUUUAACAGGCCAACAAAGCUCUUUGAAGCCACCGAGUGUGGAAAUGGAUUUGUAGAAGCAGGGGAAGAAUGUGAUUGUGGUUUCCGAAUGGAAUGCUAUGCAGACUGUUGUAAGAAGUGUUCUCUUUCUAAUGGAGCUCAUUGUAGUGAUGGACCCUGCUGUAAUACAUCGUGUCUUUUUUUCCCGCGAGGUUAUGACUGUCGAUACGCAGUGAACGAGUGCGACAUUGCAGAGUUCUGCACUGGGGAUUCUGGACAGUGUCCACCAAAUCUUCAUAAACAAGAUGGGUAUGCCUGUGAUUCUAAUCAGGGUCGUUGCUAUAAUGGUGAAUGCAAGACAAGAGAUAAUCAGUGCAAAUAUAUCUGGGGAUCUAAGUCUUCAGGAUCUGACAAAUUUUGUUAUGAAAAGCUAAAUACAGAAGGCACAACAAAAGGAAACUGUGGAAAGGAUGGAGACCGAUGGAUUCAGUGCAGCAAACAUGAUGUUUUCUGUGGCUUUUUGCUCUGUACUAAUCUUACUAGAGUUCCACGAGUUGGUCAAGUUCAAGGAGAAAUUAUCCCAAAUUCUUUUUAUCAUCAAGGACGCAUAGUGGACUGCAGUGGUGCUCAUGUUCUUUUAGACGAUGAUACGGAUUUAGGUUAUGUGGAGGAUGGAGCUCCAUGUGGACCUCAGAUGAUGUGUCUGGACAAAAAGUGCCUGCCAAUCCAGUCCUUGAACAUAAGCAGCUGCCCCAUUGGUUCCAAUGGAAAAGUCUGUUCUGGUCAUGGGGUUUGUAGUAAUGAAGCCACUUGCAUUUGUAAUUUCUCCUGGGCUGGGACAGACUGCAGCAUUGAUGAUCCUGUCAGGGAUACUGGUGGCAAGAAGGAUGAAGGACCCAAGGGUCCUAGUGCCACCAAUCUUAUAAUAGGCUCCAUCGCUGGUGCCAUCCUGGUAGCAGCAAUUGUCCUUGGGGGGACAGGAUGGGGCUUUAAGUUAUCAGAUGUUCAUAUGAACAUACGGUACUGUGGUGUCAAGUCCAUAUCAAACAAAUGUCAAAAAACGAAGGUUCGAUCCAACCCAGCAAGGCCCUAUCUGAAGAAAUGCCAUUCAAAAAGCUGCUUCUUGCACUACUGGAUUUUGGGUAUGAUGUCCUUGCUGUAGCUACACAAGAACUAAAUCAGUACAGAAGAACAUGAGAACAGUAACUAUAAACACAAAGUUGGGAUGUUGAGAUAAGUUGGAAAUACUUCCUCUAUUCACCUUUCUCUUGUUAACAUUAACUGACAAGUGGUACAAGCAAACUGCUUCAAAAAAUCAGGUGUUUUUUUUCCUUUUCUCAAAUUAAGAAGGAGACACAGACCAAGUGCAAUAAGAGAACUGUUCCAAAAUAAUGGAGUUGCAAAAGAUUCUUUCCCAGCCUGCUGGCACUCUAACUUCACUUGAGUUCGCAUGACUUCCUUUUUCUUAUCAAACUCCAGUGGCAUGAGGAGCUGAUUUUGAAAGGGUAACCUGCAUGGCUCACAUACAAACAACCAAGUUAGCAAGCUGACCCCAAGCAGAAUCUGCAGCCUAAUAAAUACAAAGCACUGGGAAGCCAGUGCCAGGCUUCAACAGCUUUUCCAGCCACGCAGUGCAUUCUGCAGCUGGACUUGAGGGUUCCCUGCUCCAUGAGCUCACUGUCCACCUUGGACAGGAGCCUCUUGGGUAUGGAAGCUAGAGAAUGAUGGAUGGAAUUCUUCCAAGAAGGAAAAAGUGUAAAUAUGGAAAUAAGAUUUUGAUGUAUCAUUUUCACAGAUUAUAUAUAAAUAUAUAUAUACGAGAGAAAAGAAUUUCCAUAUAAAAAGGUUCUAUUCUUUAUGUAAAUCUAUUUUUGAUGUUGGGUUUGGUUUUGGGUUUUUUUUCUUCCCCUUUUUUUUUGUAGCAUGUUGUACAGCAGAUGUUCUGGGCUUGCUCAAAAAAGGCAGAUAACAGCAUGCAGAUGCAGGGAGUUCUGACACCAAACAGAUGUGAUCUAAAGUUUGUAUGCUUGAAACCAAAAACAAUUAAAAUGUAUAAAUGCAUAUCUAUGUAUUGACUAUAAGUCUGAAUUACUUCUUUUGGCUGUUAUACAGACUUUUCCAUUAUAUAAGUAACACACACUCAAACUAAUCACAAAAGUGCCAAACUCUUUUUUUUCUUUUAAGAAAAGCUACUUUUUUUCCUGCCUAGAUCCUGUAAAAUGAAAACUUAAAUAAGCCUUAAAAUAAUCAAAAGAUGUUAAAGCUUGGAAUGAGCUAUUAUUCUCUUGCCUUCUGCCCAUCCACUGGAAGCAGCUUGCAAAGGUGACUGACCUUUUUAACUCACUCCCUGUAUCUCUUUGAUGCAUGUCACUAUUCAAAGUUUAAUGCAAGAUUAAUACUUUGACCCUUGGCUACUGAUAGCCGGUUACCACCACAAUAUGUGCAAAAUCCCAGGUAAUUUCAGGUGUGCUGUCAUUACUUUUAGAGACACCUUCUGCACCAACACAGAUUUUUACAGAGUAGUCCUGGGCAGCAGUCCUGUGUCCCUAGGAACACCUGGCUGCAGCUGCCUUGAGAGAGGGUUGUGAAGAGGUCUAGUUUAGGGCUUCCUUAAAGUACAGGGCUGGACAGUCUGCCUCAUCCUUUUAAUCUUGACUUAAAUCAUUUGGUAAGUGAAAUAACUGAAAAUUUAAGUGCUGUGUCUGAUAAUCAGAAUUAGAUCCAAAAUAUUUUAAAAGUUGUAACUUUUGGAUGUUUAGUAACAACAGAAGCCCAGUUACAUUACUUCCUGCAUCUUUGUUCAGAGGAAAUCCAUUUCCCAAGUUAGCUUUAAGAGCCAAAACAUAAAAAAAUGCUGCAGACAUUCUCCUGUGAGUUAGAAAACCUCAUUUCAGUUAUUUUUCUUAUUAUGAUAAUGUUCAAUUCAACAGUCUCAAUAUAUUGGUUUUGAUUCACAGUUGUUACUAAAUAUUUUCAAUCAGCUUUAACAUAAUCACAUUUACACUUACUACAUUAUAAGUUAAAGGUGCUGCACACACAGGUAGUUAACAUUAAUAGAAAUUGUAAACCUUAUUCUGAAAAUUUCCUGCUUAGCUUUAAGCAGAAUUAAAUUAGUGACAUUUCUCUGAUGACAAACCAAAAAUACUUGCAACUGUAUUAUGUUUCUCUAAAAAUACUGCAAUUGGGAACACAACAUCUAAAUUUUUUCAGAUUCUGCUUCCAAAGCAAGCAUAACCCACAAUAGAAACACCAGUGCUAUCAAAAAUUAUAAUAAGUAACGUCAACUGGAUAUACAUAAACUACCUGUGUAAUAAACCUUGGAGAGGCAUUUCACAAACAACAUUGUUAGUGUGUGAUGUGAUGUUUUAAAUCAGACCACAGUGGUCCCCAACUACUAUGUAUAUAUGUUCAGUGCUGGAGUAACUUUUUUAUUUACACCAGCAGUUUCAUAGCAAGUAGGAUUUCUUGACUGAAUUUAUGCUCCAGUCCUCAGCCAUUGUGUGCAUGGGAAGAACACACUUUCUGCCUUGUGUGCACACAACACAAGUGACAAUACAGCUCAGAGUGGGUACAGGCUAAAGUGCUUCCUGUGCUGGUAGACAGUUAAAAAGCUGGAUUUGAUAAGGUGUUGAUUUUGUACAUGCCCUGGCUGUGCUUUGGGAAGUGCAUAUCCAUUUAGCAGUAACUCGUUCAUCGCAAAGCGGCACCAAAAGAAGACCAGGUUGACUCUGCCUCCAUUUCAUCCACUCUACAUUUGCUCCAUUAUUUACCUAUUCAGCUGGACAAGAAGCUGUGGUAGCUGUAUAGCUCAUUCCAGCCUGCUGCACGAUCUCACUGAUUUGAUCUGAUACUCCUAAAAGAGAAGUCUGCCAGGCAAAUUAACAGCUGUAUAGGUGCAUGGUCAAGAAACACAUUACUCAAGGCUGGAGUCUAACCAAUUUUUCUUUACUAUGCAAAGAUGGAUAUUGCACAAACAGAUGAGACAAAUGUCUGAGGAAAUGCCAUAGAAUACUUGAAGUUAUGUUUUAAGCCUAAUCAGUCAUGUUUUAUAUUCAUUACUGCUUCCACUGUUACUCUUCCUUUUAAAAAUGUUUUGUAAUUAUUUUUUUAAGUGCACAACUCGAUGUUGUUAUAAAUCAAGUUUUUGUUUGAAGUUAAUACUCAUUCAUAUCCUGUUGGCUGCUAAUGAAUGGAAAUUCAAUAGUCCUUGUUCUGCAUCUUAGCAAGAUGAGUAUUAAAAAUGUCAUGAACAUGGAAUGGA